AAAAAAAAUUAUAUAUAAACUAUAAAUAUAUAUACAUACAGAAAGGGUUAAAUCACCAAUAAUUAAGAUUGAUUGAUUGAAGAUUAUGGGCUCAUCAUCAUCAUCAAUGAAAUUAUUUAUAUUAAUAAUUAUGAUUCUAUCAUUUUCCGUUUCAUCCUCUUUCCAAUCGAUGAUUUGUUAUCCAGAAAUUAAUCCAAUUCUUCGCGAUCUACACCUUCAGUGCCCUAAUAAUUAUAUUCCACCAUUUUCACCCCCAAUUCAGAUUGAUGGCGAGUCUCUUGACGGGAUUUUGAGCUCCUGUAAGACGAAUGAAUAUACAGCCAUAUUGUUCUACGCAUCUUGGUGCCCGUUUUCUAGGAAUGUGCUACCCAAGUUUGAUGCUCUUGCUUCAAUGUAUCCACAAGUUAAGCAUGUAAAGGUUGAACAAUCUUUUUCUCGACCAAGUCUUUUCUCGAGACUUGGAAUCCAUAGUGUCCCCUCAGUUCUACUUGCAAACAGAACAGCUCGUGUUCAGUAUCAUGGUCCAAAAGAUUUACACUCCCUUUUGAACUUCUAUCAAAUAACUACAGGAGUUGAGCAUGCGGUGAACUUCACUGAAGAUCAACUUUACUCUUCUUCAGAAAAGAGUAUUCUAUUAUGGAAUCCAACCUCAUUGAAGGACGAACCCUAUCUUGUGUUUUCCUUAUUUUUUCUCUUAUUGAAGGCAUUCCUAUUUAUAUGCCCCAAUAUUGUAUCUACCAUGAUAGCUUUGUGGGUAACAUACGUUCCUCGGUUGAAUCUAGCAAUCUUUGGAGAAUCAAGACAGCUUCUUACACAUGCUUUCCAUCUAUUUGAUAUAAAAUCUGCAUUUAGCAAGCUGAAGCUUAGCAAUAGCAGGAACUUUCAUCAUGGAGCAAGAAGUGCUCGUGUUUUAGCAUCAUCUUUUGCGUCUGUAUCUUUGGGAGAGACAUCUACACCAAGAGCGUGACACCGAGGAGGUGAGUAUAGAGUUCAUUUUGUAGGGUAUAAAUGCACAAUGACAAACUUUUGCUACCUUCUUUAUAACACCAUUACUUUAGACUGGAUGAAAAACUUAUGUAACAUAUAAAUAUUACAUGUAUUCAUGUAUAAAUGUAUAUCAGCAAUUCAUGUCCA